UGUGAGAAGCUGGCCAGUGAGAAGACGGAAAUGCAGAGACAUUAUGUCAUGUACUACGAGAUGUCCUACGGGCUCAACAUCGAAAUGCACAAGCAGGCUGAGAUCGUGAAGCGCCUCAGUGGUAUCUGUGCGCAGAUUAUUCCCUUCCUGACCCAGGAGCAUCAGCAGCAAGUGCUCCAGGCUGUGGAGCGGGCCAAGCAGGUGACCGUGGGCGAACUGAACAGCCUCAUUGGGCAGCAGCAGCUCCAGCCGCUGUCCCAUCAUGCCCCCCCUGUGCCCCUCACCCCUCGCCCCGCGGGGCUGGUGGGCGGCAGUGCCACAGGGUUGCUGGCCCUGUCUGGAGCGCUGGCUGCCCAGGCUCAGCUAGCGGUGGCUGCCAAGGAGGAUCGCGCAGGUGUGGAGGCUGAGGGCUCUAGAGCGGAGAUAGCCCCGAGUAGGAGUGCGUCGCCUUCGCCCCCUGAGAGUCUGGUGGAAGAGGAACGACCGAGUGGCCCAGGAGGCAACGGGAAGCAGAGAGCAGAGGACAAGGAUCUUUCAGGACCUUAUGACAGUGAGGAGGACGAGAGUGACUACAAUCUGGUGGUGGACGAGGACCAACCCUCCAAGCCCCCCAGCCCAGCUACCACUCCCGGUGGAAAGGGGCCCAUCUGCGUCCCUGCCCGUCGGGAACACGUGGACAGUCCAGCCUCCUUGGCCUCUAGCCUUGGCUCACCGCUCCCCAGAGCCAAGGAACUCAUACUGAACGACCUUCCCACCAGCACUCCUGCCUCCAAGUCCUGCGACUCCUCCCCGCCGCAGGACGCGUCCACCCCUGGGCCCAGCUCGGCCACUCACCUCUGCCAGCUCACGGCCAAGCCAGCGCCUGCCACAGAUAGUAUCGCCCUGAGGAGCCCCCUGACUCUGUCCAGUCCCUUCACCACGUCCUUCAGUCUGGGCUCCCACAGCACCCUCAACGGAGACCUCUCCGUGCCCAGCUCCUAUGUCAGCCUCCACCUGUCCCCCCAGGUCAGCAGCUCUAUGGUGUAUGGACGCUCGCCCAUGAUGGCAUUUGAGUCACACCCACAUCUCCGAGGGUCAUCCCUCUCGGCCUCCCUGCCCAGCAUCCCUGGGGGAAAGCCGGCCUACUCCUUCCACGUGUCUGCAGACGGGCAGAUGCAGCCGGUCCCCUUUCCUUCGGACGCGCUGGUGGGCGCGGGCAUCCCACGACAUGCCCGGCAGCUGCACACGCUGGCACACGGAGAGGUGGUCUGCGCGGUCACCAUCAGUGGCUCCACACAGCACGUGUACACGGGUGGCAAAGGCUGUGUGAAGGUGUGGGACGUGGGCCAGCCCGGCGCCAAGACGCCUGUGGCCCAGCUGGACUGCCUGAACCGGGACAACUACAUUCGCUCCUGCAAGCUGCUGCCCGAUGGCCGGAGUCUGAUCGUGGGUGGCGAGGCCAGCACCUUGUCCAUUUGGGACCUGGCAGCACCCACCCCACGCAUCAAGGCCGAGCUGACCUCCUCUGCCCCUGCCUGCUACGCGCUGGCGGUCAGCCCUGACGCCAAGGUCUGCUUUUCCUGCUGUAGCGAUGGCAACAUUGUGGUCUGGGACCUGCAGAACCAGACCAUGGUCAGGCAGUUCCAGGGCCACACGGAUGGUGCCAGCUGUAUCGACAUAUCCGAUUACGGCACCCGGCUCUGGACUGGGGGCCUGGACAACACUGUGCGCUGCUGGGACCUGCGGGAGGGCCGCCAGCUGCAGCAGCAUGACUUCAGCUCCCAGAUUUUCUCCCUGGGCCACUGCCCCAACCAGGACUGGCUGGCCGUGGGCAUGGAGAGCAGCAAUGUGGAGAUUUUGCACGUCCGCAAGCCGGAGAAGUACCAGCUUCACCUGCACGAGAGCUGCGUGCUGUCCCUGAAGUUUGCCUCCUGCGGGCGGUGGUUCGUGAGCACCGGGAAGGACAACCUGCUGAAUGCCUGGAGGACGCCCUACGGAGCCAGCAUUUUCCAGUCCAAGGAAUCUUCCUCGGUCCUGAGCUGUGACAUCUCCAGGAAUAACAAAUACAUUGUGACAGGCUCAGGGGACAAGAAGGCCACUGUGUACGAGGUGGUAUACUGAGACCAUCUUCCUGCAUGCCCAGCCUGACUCCUGGGGGAGGGGCAUCGGGGACAGACUCCACAACCCCGUCCCCAGCCAGGCCUGUGAGCACUGAACCCCACCCGGCUCUGGCCACCCCACACCUUCCCCUGCGGGAUUUGGGGAAAUAAAAUGUAUAUCACAA